UCACACAUAACAGACGAACGAGUGUGCAAAAAAGCAAUAAUUAAAAUUAUAUUGCCUGUCGUUCUGUGCUAACAUACUGCAAUAUUUUGUGUAUAUUUACUAUGCUAGUAGAGUAGUGUUUGUGUAGCAAUACUUACACCUGUUCAACAGAGCUAAACAGUGCGCGUGAUAGUGAUAUAUCGAUUUGUGAAUCAUUUAUUAAACGGACGAUAAAAAGUAACAAUUGAAGAAGAGUAGAUACCCUAGUGUAUGUACCAGUUAUGCUGCAAACAACCUUGUCGAUAUCUGUGCUCGUCACCAUCUAAUCAAAGAAUGGAAAAAGAUCGGAUACUUCAUUGAUUUCAGUGCUUAUAACUUUUGGGACUACACAAUCUUCGCCUGCAAUUCAAAGAGUAUACACGAAAAACGAUUUCCUUUCGCGCGUCGAUAAGUGUCUCGUCUACAAAGUGUGUAAUCUAUUUAUUCUUGAACUCUUAUCAAGAUUACAGCAGCGCGAUAAAAUUAUCAUACUCUGCCAACAAAGGCAGCAUAUUCUAUUAUAUUACCUUAGGUAAAACUGAAAAGUGUGGCGCGGCAAGUGCGCAAAAAAUAGUUAGAAAAUGUUUUCUAAAAUAUUCACUACGGUGAAGUACACACUUGUGUCAGUGUGUUUUCUGUUUGUGAUAACUGGGAUCAUUAUACUGGCGGUGGGUAGUUCGGUGCAGUCUGCGUACAAUGCCUACCACCCGUUCCUGUCUGAGAGGUUCUUCUCUCUCCCGGGAUUCUGCAUCGCGACCGGGAUCAUCAUCUUCAUCAUCGCCAGCCUCGGGUUCUACGGCGCCUAUAAAGAGAACUACUACUUGAGCAUGACGUUCGCCGGGCUCAUGAUCGUGAUGCUGAUCUUCCAACUCUCAGCCUGCAUCGCGGGGUACGUGCUGCGAGGCAACACCAUAGCCAUCGUGGAGAAGCAGCUUCUGUCCACCACGACCCUGUACGGAAAAGGUCCCGACAAGAGUUUCGAGAUCACAGCGCUGUGGGACGAAGUGCAGAGAGACUUCUCCUGCUGCGGAGUGAACAACGCGAGCGACUGGUACGGCAAGCUGGACCCUGACGGCAUCCCGGUCAGCUGCUGCACGCUGGGGGUGGGCGCCAUCAGCACGUUCAACUGCACGGCCGUGGAGGCCUACAAGACCGGCUGCGGCCCGGCGUUUGGAUCCUGGGUGUCGGCUCAUGCCGGGAGCAUUGGCGCUGCUGGCGUGUUCUUGGUCAUUUUACAGGCGCUUGCUGUGGCCGGGUCAAUGUGGCUGGCGAAAAUAUCCAGAUCCGAGAACUUGUACCCUUAACUAACGACUCUGUAGGUUAUAGUUAAGAAUAAAAUUACAUCUUUAACUCUAGAGAUAAUGGGACUUGUAGUGUACAAAAUAAUUGUGUUUCUUUAGGUAUUUUCCACUUCAGUUUUUGCUUUAGUACUUAUAUAAAUACUAUAAUUUUCAUAUCAUCGAUUUCCUCUGUAAAUAUGAACCAAAUAUUUUUAAUUAAUUAUUGUUGUUGUUAAAUAAAUCUAUACUUUACCU